AUAAUUUAAAAUCAAAGCUUCCACAAAAUAACUAGCUGUUAACUCAAAAUCAUGGUACUAUCUUUCCUGAGUUUAUCGACCAACCACACGCACGCAUAUCGAACGGCCAUAAUGGAUCUGGCCUUCGUAAUAUUGACCGCAGUACGUCGAUAACUUCGAUCGAAUUUUUCCGCACGUUUUCUGGGAAUUUGUUGAAAUUUGGUCGUGGAGCGUUUUUUUCUUCCAUUCUAAAUGCUAAAUGACUGAGAGGUCUUUUCAGUCUCUAAUCAGUGGUAUUUCUCUUCAUGACGAAACUGCUCUCAACAACAUUUCACUAAAAGCUGCACUUGACAACCAAAAUUUUGAUCUAAACGGACAAAAUCAUGAUGAUGGAUUAUCUGUACCAAGCAAAGGAGUAAAUAUCGUUUCAAAACCAAAAAUGCUGCCCUCUGGAAUAUCUGCUAGUUCUGGUUGUGGGACACUUACAAUGGCCCCUGUCCCUAUUGGGGCUCUUGCUCCUGGUAAAAUUAGUCUCCCUCUUGGCGAUUUGGAAAAUAUCCCUAUUUUCAAUACUGCAGACACUGGAUCACUUGAAUUACAAGCACUACAAGGUGGAGCUCAAGCACUACAAGGUGUUCAGACUGUCAAGUUGACAUUCAUUAACUGUGGUGAUCAGCAGACUAUACUUCUUACUACUCCUUCAACUCAUUUCACUAUGCCUGACCAAAGUUUGGAUGGAAUGACUCUCACUCUACCUGACAAUUUACUGGCUACUGACCUCAACUUUGCAGGUCUCACAUCAAUGCAACUAGGGGAUAUGACAAGUGGAAAUGAUAAACCUAGUGUUUCCGAAAGUGCGAAAUCCACUAGCUACACAAAUAUGACUUCCCUGCCACCUAUCACUUCUGUAUCGGAUAAGUUGUAUAAUCAAAUGACGAAUGAAAGUGAAGCCAUUCAGCAAAGUCACAGUUAUGCUAUUGAGGAUUUAAAGCCAGUAAUGCAGAAAAAUAAUGAAAAACUACACGAAGGAAAUCCUGCGUAUGGGCAUGUUAAUCCACCUGGCAAUAUGAAUGUCUCGCCAGCUGUUGUUACAUCUCAAAACACUUUUCCACAAAGUAUGAAUGUAAAACCUGUGAAGCUGAUUGACCCAGGUAAUUCUAUCCAUAUUCCCAUAUAUCUUUCAGGUAAUGUUUCCCCUGGCCCUCAGGUUGAUGGAAGUGACCAAGAAGGUAAUGAUCAGAACUUGCCAGAUGAUAUGAGUGAACUUAACACUAAGGAUUUAGCUCAAAGAAUUAGUGCUGAACUAAAAAGAUAUAGUAUCCCACAGGCGGUAUUUGCACAACGUGUCCUGUGUCGAAGCCAAGGGACACUUUCAGAUUUAUUAAGAAACCCUAAACCAUGGAGUAAACUAAAAUCAGGUCGUGAAACAUUCAGACGUAUGUGGAAUUGGUUAAAUGAACCUGAGUAUCAACGGAUGUCUGCAUUACGUUUAGCAACAUGCAAACGAAAAACAGAAGAGACACAGAAAGCUCAAGAUGAACGUACUUCAAAGAAACCUCGACUUGUUUUUACUGAUAUUCAACGUCGUACAUUACAUGCUAUUUUCAAGGAGACUAAACGUCCAAGCAAAGAAAUGCAAGCAACUAUUGCUCAACAAUUGAACCUGGAAGUUUCAACAGUUGCUAACUUCUUCAUGAAUGCUCGUCGCAGAUCUUUAGACAAAUGGGUAGAUGAUAAAGAUGUACAAUUGACAGCGUCAACAUCCUCUCCAGUUCAUAGUUUAGAAGGUUCACCACCAAAUCAUAGCACACGUAUGUCUUCGCAUAUGGUUGACCAUUGUGCUGUCCGAUCAGCUCAUGAUACUAUAACAACACCUCAUUUACCAGACUCAAUGAAUGACUCUGUUCUCAAUCGAAUUCCAGGUUGCCAUUCAGCUAUCUCCACUUCAGUUGAGCUGUCAUCCUCUCCUGCACCACCUAGUUUAACUCCAGAUGCAUCAUUAUCUAUGAAUCAUUCGGAUGUUCAUUUGAAUGCACCAUGUCUUGUAAACGAAGACACGCGAAAUACUCUACUUUUAUCAUCUAAUGAUUCAAAUGUACUACAGUCUCAAUUACUCAACCGUUUAGUUGUUGGUGGACAAAAUACUAUGCUAGUAACACAAAAUGUAAGUCCAGAUACUGAAAAGAGUAUGAUGCAUUCCACUCCACUUUCAUCAUCAUGUAUUACAUCGUCUGGUCUUUCCACUAUCAAGUCAGCUUUGGAUUCUCUAUGUGAUCCUCCAUCUCUGUCGCCUCAUUCACACCUUCCUCCUGCACCCGUUGAAACACUGCACAAUAUACAUUCUAUUCCACGUUCAAUGGCGCAUAGAUCAACAUCUGAUACAGUAUGUACUGCAAAUCACGUCUUGCCUUCUGCUUCUACACUCAUAGGUCAUGAUCGACUUAACGUUGAUUCUAUUGGCCAGUCAACAUCUACAACUGUUCUUACUUCCUCACAUAAUUUAUCUAAUAAUACUCUAGUGCUUCGUACAAAACAAGAAGACUUAAACUCUGGCCUAAUAAUCAAUGCUACGUUAAAUUAAUUUGUUUAUGAUAUUAUUUAUCAUGUUUCCAUAAUUAUUAAUAUUCCCAAGUGCUGUGUAUGCUACUCCUUACAAUUACGUUCACAAUUGUGUUCAUUAGUUCUGCGAUUGUGUGAUUUAAAAACAAACAAUAACUAUUAUUUUAUCUAGUUUCUAAUCAGCAUUAUUUGUUAAAUUACUGGAAUAUGCUUCAUACUUCAUGCAUGGGAAAUGCGUAUCCCAGUUUUCUUAAAUGGUGCAAUAUUCUUUCGUAGUCACAGUUAUUGAUCAUGAUGUUGUUUUGUUUUGUUUUUUUUCUUUGAAAAGUGUACAGUUUUGUUUGGUAGUUUUAUUGUUUCUUUUUUUUGUCCCAUCCCCUUUGUUUCUUUAUUUCUAUCAUGUAAUUGAGUUGACUUUGCUAAAUUUUUAAUGUGCGCGCUUACUCAAGACAACAUAUAUAGUUACUUGAGUUUUGCAUCCCGCAAAUUAUGCUGCAUUUAUUGCGGGUAUUGUGCAGUUUCUGCGCUUGUCCUAAUGUUGAGAUACAUGUGUGGUAGGGCUGAAUCAGGUCCACUUUGUUUAGUGGGAUGAUUGUUUUUUGAGAAAUAGGCGACUUGAUUUUUCUUUGGAAUCCCUUGACAAACGUUGACAAACCGAUUUUCGCACGUUAGGCUACUUUUUUGUUACUUGCGCACUGUCAUUUGUUCACAUAAUAAUAAUAAUGAUAAUAAUAUUGGUUUAUUUUAGUUUAUUUUUAUUUCACUUGAACUGCAUCAUCAUAAUGAAAGUUAACUAUUGUUAAUGAUAAUAAUAAUAACAGUAAUAAUGCCUUCGACUUUUUAUCCCAAUUCUUGUCACUUUACCCCAGACACAGUUUAACUUCUCAUUCUGACUUUGUUUUUUUUUUCUUUGUUUUUUGUUUUGUUUAUUUUUGAUUCGUGAAUUAAUUUUUGACUAAUAAAAAUAAUAAUAAUAAUUCAUGGUGAUACUUGUAACUUGGUAGCUUCUGUAUUCAUGUACAUUAACCGUUCCCUUUGUUUUGUUUUGUUUUAUUUAUUUAAUUAUUUGUUAUUUACAUUGGUAAAC